AUGGAAGUACGAGCCCUUGCAGCAGAGGUGUCGUGGAAGCUGGCUGCAUCCAAGGUCACCCAUCCGGUAUAUCAGAAGGUGCCGCAUGGAUACCACAUUCUGCGGCGAGACCCGGGGCCGGCAAGUCCUGACACUGCCUUUGAUGGCGCAUCCGACGUCUUCCCACCAGAAGAGAGACUGGACAGAUUCUGGAUGUUGGAGAGAUGUUGCCACUGCCAAACCAUCGCGGCACAGUUCCUUCGGGUCUGCCAAAAGACAGCUGAGCGUGGAAUCCUCCUGGUUCACGACGGUGUGCCGGUGAGAAACUUCUUUGCUGUCAACGGCGUUUUCGAUUGCAGCCCACUCGAAGAGGUGCACCUAUCGUGCGCAGAUCCGGACACGCAAGAGCUCUUCACGACCAGCAUGUAUAACACGGCUACAUCCCAAGAAGCUGUCGCGUCGAUGCCACUUAAAGUACAGCAGCUGCUGGGCAUCGCCGCGGGCAUGCCAGUAGCUGAAUUGGAGCGCUUUCGACGUUUAGCAGAACACUUGGGCAUUCCGAUCGGCAAGAUGGUCCCACAUUGGUGGUGUUGCUUUGUCUUGGACAACAAGCGAAUGAUUCAUGUAGACCUUUGCGGCCCAGCUUAUGCUCUUCGCAGCUACGGUGAGGUUGUGAGUUGUCGUCAGCGUGCCCCUGUUUACUCAAUAGGAACGGAAGCAACAAACUUGUUGCCAAGCCCUUUGGAGCACAAGUUGCAGUUGAGUCGAAUGGUGGACGAGCCGUUCAACAGGGAAGAGGGCCAGCGCAUCGCACGAUUUCCUGCUGAGUUUCUGCCUUUCAGCAACGAGAAGCUCAAUCCGGAGGUCACUCCCACCGACGAGAUGUUGCGGAGGCAUAUCCAGUUUUUGAUGCAUGACAAGCCAAUGCUGGACUCCCUUGUGGAUAGCAUCUUUCUGAUCGUUGCCGAGCAGGACGUCAGGGCUAAUCGACACUCUCCUUCUGCAGUCAGGCUGAGUGGCAUCGAGAAACGGCCAGCCCUCAAUGGUUCACCGGCAAGAGUUGUCAUGGUCGUGGAAGACCGAGUCGCUGUUGCCCUUGAGACCGGAGAGAAGAUCAAGCUGUUGCCUUCCAAGCUCAAGUUCGACGGCGGAGCAGCCCGCCAGUGUCUGACUUUGAAAGAGAUGAAACAGGAGGAGCUUGAUGAUGCAACUCGAGAGAGCACUCCACAAGCUCCCCUCAAAGUGGAUGCCAAAGCAAUGGACAAGAUCAGGGCGUAUUUCAGCAGCGAUGUCCAGGGGCAGAUCUUCUUCGCAAGGGUGAUUCAGGCUGGGAACGUCGGGCUGACCAAUGUGACAGACCCAGAACUUCUGCCUGCGUUUCGGACGGUUGUGCGCCUGCGGGUAGCGGAAGUCUUGAUGGAGAGUCCGGCCCAGCAGCGUCAGUGGGAGUCCAUCUUGCGCCUGAGCGAGCGGAAGGAGUUUCCGGAAUUCCGGCAACUGAUAUUGACUUUGCGAGGAGGACUUAGCCCGGAAGAGUUUGUGAAACGCUUGGCAGAAAAGCCGGCUUUCGAGGAGAUGUAUGAGGUUUGCCUCGCUGAGAGCAUCUUGAAGCCACGGGGAAUACCGAGAGCAGGAGGAUAUGCUUAG